CGCUCUGUAAACCACGUGACGCAGCUCUCCGUGGUGUCAGAGUGGAAAAGAAACAGGUGUUAUUCCUUUGUAAAUACUGUUAUUUGUAUAUACUGUAAAUGAUGACGUCCAUGGGCGGGAACCGAGCCCGGGGCAGCUGGGAGCAGACACAGGGCCAGACACAGAGCCAGACACAGCACAAGCAGAGGCCUCAGGCUACCGCAGAGCAGAUCCGACUUGCACAGAUGAUUUCAGAUCACAAUGACGACUUUGAGGAAAAGGUCAAACAGCUGAUUGACAUCACAGGCAAGGACCAGGAUGAGUCUAUGAUCGCACUGCAUGAUUGCAAUGGGGAUGUCAACAGAGCCAUCAAUGUGUUGCUGGAGGGCAGCCCAGACACUGACUCCUGGGAAAUGGUGGGAAAGAAGAAAGGGGUGUCAGGUCAGAAGGAGACCAGCCAGGCAGAAACUGGAGAGGAAGGAAAAGAGAACAGAGAGAAAGGAGGAGAGAAAGAUGCGGCACGUCGUAGAGGUGGAGCUCCACGCAAGGGACGUGGAGCUAGCAGGGGGCGAGAGUUUCGUGGCCAGGAGAAUGGCUUAGAUGGAGGCAAAGCUGGAGUAGCUGGAAGAGGAGCAGAGCGAGGCCGAAGGGGAAGAGGGAGAGGAAGGGGACCUGUCGGAGCAUCUGGACGGCGAGGAGGCAGAUUUUCAGCACAGGGCAUGGGCCAGAAUGAUAAGGAGCCCAGAUAUGAUAUUGCAGGAGGUAGGAGAACAUUCAACCCUGCUGACUACGCGGAGCCAGCUCAGACAGAAGAAAACUAUAGAGGGGGCAGUACCUGGAACAACACAGGAAGCAUGGAGCUAGAGGAGGGAGCUAGGUUGGAAUACUCCGCAGGAGAGGGAACAAAUUAUCCACCCAAGUUUGACUCUGCUCCCGGUGCCUGGAGGUCUGCCACAGAGGAGUGGGGCACUGAGGACUGGAAUGAAGAUCUUUCAGAGACCAAGAUAUUCACAGCUUCCAGUGUAGCGUCAAUGCCUCUGCCCCAAGAGAAUGUUACCAUCACUAAGGGACAGAGGAUUGAUCUUGCAGUUCUCCUUGGGAAGACUCCACCAUCUUCUUCCUCAGAGACAGAAAAUGCACCCAUGGAGGCCACUCAGCCCCCCUCUUUGUCCCAAUCACUGGUUUUCAGCAACUCCAAGCAAGGAGUGCCGCUCUCUCAGACCUCCUCCAGCACCCCUUACACCCAGCACAACAUGGUCAGCAUGCUGAGCAAGGGAUUUGGGGAAGUGGGAGAACCUAAAGGAGCUAGCACAGGGACCACUGGCUCCCAGUUCCUGGAGCAAUAUAAAACAGCCCAGGCACUGGCCCAGCUGGCAGCCCAGCAUUCGCAGACUGGACCCCCAAACACAACCCCUUCAUCCUGGGAUACCAGUGCUGCCUCACUGGGACAAUAUGAUAUGAAGGCUCAACCAGAGUCUGCGAUCCAUACACCCUUUACAAAGCGGCAGCCCUACCAAGCUGCCACCUCAACCUCCUCCAUGUUGGAUGUUUUCCUGCAGGACAAAGGCCUGCCUCCUUCCUCUUCUGUCUCCUCAUCAUCUUCCUUACCGCAGCAAACAACAUCCUCCCCCCAUGUGGUUCCUCCACCUGCUUCUUCCCUUCCUAAAAUGGCAUCAGUCCCUUCUCUAGGUCAACAAGUUUCCCCAAGCUCCUCAGAUGCCCAGGGUUCAAGUCCUCUUCCUUUGCAACAACACAAACUCAAACAGCAGAAGAAAAGGACCUCCAUUACAACAAAGAUUCCAGCAAUGGCGGUGGAGAUGCCUGGCUCAGCAGACAUCUCAGGCCUGAAUCUUCAGUUCGGAGCGCUGCAGUUUGGGUCCGAACCAGUUCUACCAGAGUACGAGUCCACGUCUGCCACCACAACACCAGGCAACCAGGUUCAGAACAGUCUUUACACAAGCCCCAGCAGUGAGUCAACUCCAGCUCUCUCCAACUCCAGCCAGAUGGACCUGUACGAUCAAAGACCAUCUCAAACACUGCGUUACCCUCCUUCAGUCUCCUCCUCCCCUCAGAAGGAUAUGCAGCCCAAGAAUGGCUUCAGUUCAAUACAAGCAGCGCAGUCUGUGGAAGCUGCAGCAGGCUCUGCAGUAUCAGUCAAGCCGGCCUCUGAUUCAGUCACGCCAGCAUCUGUCUCCAGCAUGGCCACUUUGACAGACAGCGCCUCAGCCUCCCUGUUGACUACCGCCAAUCAGACAUCACUUAGCGGUCUGGGGCACAACGAAGACCUGCCUCCGAGCAGCAUGGCCACUCCUCAGCACAACAACUCUCACCCGUCACAACAGAAUAGUCUCGCUCCAUCUGCCCGGACAUCCAACUCAGGCUUACUGCAUCCCAGUGUAGAUGGUGACUCAAGCCUGCACUCGUCAUCCUUCCCCUCCUCUGUCUCAGCCGUGCCGUCUUCAUCAGUCCCCUCCUCCUCUUCCUCUGUGGCUGCUGCACAGGUGUCCCUAGGGGCUCCUCAGGCCUCCUCAGUGGGCUCUGCCACAGUUUCAGCUCCCUCAGGCCUAGGCCCCGUCAGCAGUCUGGCUAUGGGCCUCAACACUGCCUCCAUGGGUGCCCCAGCUGCAGCCAACGUUGCCGCUACUGCUUCAGUCUCCACAGCGGCCUCGACCAUUCCCUCUUCAGCAUCUUCAUCAUCCACACGCAGCUCUGCAGCAUCCUCAGGGAAAGCACCUCCAAACCUUCCACCUGGAGUGCCCCCUCUACUGCCCAACCCAUAUAUUAUGGCCCCUGGACUACUCCAUGCCUACCCUCCUCAGGUGUACGGCUAUGACGACCUACAGAUGUUACAGACAAGAAUACCGCUGGAUUAUUACAGCAUCCCCUUUGCAACGCCCACAACAGCACUAACUGGCAGAGAGGGCAGCUUGACAAGCAACCCUUACUCUGGUGACUUAUCAAAGUUUGGUCGAGCUGAUGCAUCGUCCCCGGCUCCAGCCACCACAUUAGCUCAGACACAACAGAAUCAGAGCCAGACGCAUCACACCACACAGCAGCCCUUCCUCAACCCCGCGCUGCCGCCAGGCUACAGUUACACAAGUCUCCCGUACUACACUGGCAUGCCAGGAUUGCCCAAUACCUUUCAGUAUGGACCUGCUGUGUUUCCGGUGGCCGCUACCUCGUCAAAACAGCACGGUGUAAAUGUCGGCGUCAAUGCCUCGGCCACACCCUUUCAGCAGGCUAGUGGCUAUGGUUCCCAUGGAUACAGCACUGGCUAUGAGGAUGUGGGCCAGGCUUCAGGGAGUGGGGAUUUCUGUAAGGGCGGAUACGGCACUGCCGUGGCCGCUGCUGCUUCUGCACAAAACAAGCCAGCCAGCUCUGUCACCGGGCCUGGAGUCGGAGUCUCUGUGACAUCAAGCAACACGGGGGUACCAGAUAUUUCAGGGUCUGUUUACACAAAGACGCAGUCAUUUGAGAAGCAGGGUUUCCACGCCGGGACGCCAGCCGCUUCAUUCAGCCUGCCCUCAGCACUGGGGAGCGGAGGCCCCAUCAACCCUCCUGCUGCUGCCGGCUACGCUCCAGCCCCCUUCAUGCACAUCCUGACACCACACCAACAACCCCACUCUCAGAUUCUGCACCACCACCUGCAGCAAGACGGACAGAGCGGUACUGGACAGCGUAGCCAGAACGCCUCCAUCCAACAGAAGUCUCAGAUCAACAAGUCGGCGUACAACAGCUACAGCUGGGGGGCAAACUAACAUCUACUGACGGAGCCCCCGCAGCAUCAAAAGCUUGGAGGGGGCUCAUCACUCCUUCGGCAAAUAAAGUCUCCACAUAUAAAUCCCCGCUUCCUCCUGCAGAGAGAGUUCCCUCCACAGUCUCUUGGCCCAGCACUCCUGCAGCUCUGACUGGAGGUGCUGUGCCGAGAGAACGUGCACUGUUAAAUGAUGCAUGGAUGGGUGGGAGGGACAGGAGGGGCUUUAAAGGUGAGGGGAGAUUGGAGCUAAAUGGUGAUAAAAGCAAACCAUCAAGAGGUGAAAUGCUGAGUGUUGGGAAUUUGUAUCGUGUUAAUCCUCCCGCCCCUUAGCCCCUUUUUCUUUCACUUGUAUGUAACCUAUAACUGUUUUUCUAAAAGAAUGAACGUUUCCUGUAUGUACUUUUUUUUUUCUUUUUUUUUUUGUGCGUCUUUUUUCCCUUUUUUUUUUUUUUUUUUUUUCCUCUCACUGAAGGGGAGGGGGACAGGCUGAUUUUCUUACUUCUGACCCUCAGCUCCCCACUCCUUAAUUUUGGUAGAAACUCUUCCCUCCCAAACAGUAUCCAAACACAAUAAUUUGUUGAAUAUUUGUUUUUAUGUUUUACUUCUUUUUUUCUUUUUUAUGUCAUUUUAAGUUUGCAGAAACAAUUCUAUAAAUUGGUAGAGUUGUGAGGUUUAUUUUUUACCAAAUAUAGAUAUAUUAUAUAUAAAGACAUAUAAGCGAGCUCACUGACUUGGACUGUGAGGAAAGUGUGUUUGUCAUGUGACUGCGUGCAUGUUUGUACACACGGGAGGCCGUGGUUGUGUACUGUGCUUUGUUUUGGGCUUUUUCUUUUUUUGCCUAGCACAGGGUUGGUUUUGUUUUUUUUUAAAUUACCCAACACUUGUACAGUAACUGUUCCCAUUAAUUAUAAAUAUUUCAUAAGGUCCCACUUAUUUUGAAAGAUGAGAAUGAAUUCCAAGGCCAAUACACACCCAGUCUGCCUUCCAGUGUGAAUAAUUUUGUUUGAGGCCCCCCCUGCCCCACCACCUGUCCCCUGACAUUGUAAGGAAAUCUACAGCGUUGAAUACUGAUGGACAGAAUUGUACUGAGUUUUUCUUUUGUCAGUGAUUUUUUUUUUUUUUUUUUUUUUUCCUUUUUUGUACUGUGCGUUUUAAAAAAAAAAAAAAUUUAAUGGAUAAACUUGUCUUGUACAUAUAUAAAAAACACAAGUACUGUAGUCCCUGUUUGUUCGAUGGCUUUCUUCUUUUCCUUCUUAAAUCCUUGCAGACUUGUUAGCUUUUUUGUUCCUUUUUUUUUAUUUUGUAAAAAUAUAUAAAUAUUAAGUAAAUAAACAAGAAAGACAUUUUCA